UUCUUGUUAAUAAAGAAUGAUUUUGACAACUGCUCAAAACAGUUUUAAUUGUUUAUUGUUAGGGACAUAAGGAGUGCUACGAAUUGCUGCUGUGUGAAAAAAUAAUAAAAUGGAUUCUGGAAUUUCUACCGAUGAAGCUAAACCCACUUUUACACACUUAAGAACUGAAAAUCAAAUACGCACAGCCGCUCGUAGUGCUCUAGUUAGAAUGAAUGCAAAAUUUCUUUGCCAUUACGCUCUACUUCGGCAAGAAAUGGAAACACAACAUAAAAUAAUGGAUCGCAUGACUACUUUAAUGGAAAAUUACAGCUCCCUACGCGAUAAACCAUUAAAAGAAUCAAAUAGUGUCCCGAAGCUCACGGAGGAAAGAGUAUUAAAACAGUUUCAAAUAGCCAUUACGGAAUUUAAAUCCUCCAAUGAAUAUAUCAAGGAUUCUUGCAUUUACGUUAAACAAACGUUCGAUAAAUUUCAAGAUUUUUGUGAGCAAUUAGAUUUAGAAGUGGACUUUUCAUUCACAAAAGCAUAUCAUGUCACCAAGCCAUUAGAAUACUAUACAGAAGUUGUUACUGAUAUAUACACAACUUUUUGCUGCAAAAUUUUACAUAUGGACUCCACAUCCAGUCAACUUAAAAGUCAUUUAGAGUUGACAAAUGAUUAUAAAGCACUAUUACAAAAGUCUGAAGAUUGUUUGGAAUUUUAUAACAAAGCUAUGCUAGACUGCAAGCAAACUAAAAUUAUUGUUUAGAAAAAUAUCAUACAAUAUUACUUUUUUACAUAAUUUAAACUUAAUGUAAUAUAUACAUAUGUAUAAGUUGUUUUUAUAAAGGUAACCAAGUUUAACUAUAAUUUCUAUAACAUAAGUAUUAUAUUAAUAUUUUUUGUUAACAGAUGCAUAAGUUUAGGUUUUUAAUUUUGUAUUACAUACAUAAAAAUAGUCUGUAAACUUAAGGCUAACAUAACUUAAAUAUGUUUCAAAAACAAACACAUAUUACAAGAUCUCAUUUUUAGGUUCCAUUAUAGUCAUUCAUGAAAAUUUAUAUUCCACGUAAUAAAUAAUAAACUAAAAAAACAUACAUGUAAUA